AUGGAGCAGCACACAGAGGCAGGCUCAGCACCAGUGCUGGGGGAACAGAAGGCUCUAAUUGACAAUCCCGCUGACAUCCUAGUCAUCGCGGCUUAUUUCCUGCUGGUCAUUGGUGUCGGCUUGUGGUCCAUGUGCAGAACCAACAGAGGCACCGUCGGAGGCUACUUCCUGGCGGGACGGAACAUGGUGUGGUGGCCGGUCGGGGCCUCUCUCUUCGCCAGCAACAUCGGCAGUGGCCACUUUGUGGGCCUGGCAGGGACCGGUGCGGCGAGCGGCCUGGCAGUGGCUGGAUUUGAGUGGAAUGGGCUUAGGGAAGACCCGUACAAGGGGUGUGGCGUGUGGGCGGGGCUUAGAGGACUCACCAAAGGAGGGCUGGCGGCGCUGAUGUACACGGACACGGUGCAGACCUUCGUCAUUCUCGCGGGGGCCUUCGUCCUCAUGGGUUACGCCUUCCACGAGGUGGGCGGGUAUUCGGGGCUUUUCGACAAAUACUUGCGGGCAGUGACGUCCCUGACGGUAUCCGAGGAUCCGGCCGUGGGCAACAUCUCCAGCUCCUGCUAUCGACCCCGGCCGGACUCCUACCACCUGCUCCGGGACCCUGUGACGGGGGACCUGCCAUGGCCCGCGCUGCUUCUGGGGCUUACUAUCGUGUCCAGCUGGUACUGGUGCAGCGACCAGGUCAUAGUGCAGCGCUGCCUGGCUGGGAAAAACCUCACCCACAUCAAGGCGGGCUGCAUCCUGUGCGGCUACUUGAAGCUGAUGCCCAUGUUCCUCAUGGUCAUGCCGGGCAUGAUCAGCCGCGUUCUUUACCCGGACGAGGUGGCGUGCGUGGUGCCCGAGGUGUGUAAGCGCGUGUGCGGCACUGAGGUGGGCUGCUCCAACAUCGCCUACCCGCGGCUCGUCGUGAAGCUCAUGCCCAAUGGUCUGCGCGGACUCAUGCUGGCGGUCAUGCUGGCGGCGCUCAUGUCCUCGCUGGCCUCCAUCUUCAACAGCAGCAGCACACUCUUCACCAUGGACAUCUACACGCGCCUGCGGCCCCGCGCGGGCGACCGCGAGCUGCUGCUAGUAGGACGGCUCUGGGUGGUGUUCAUCGUGGCCGUGUCGGUGGCCUGGCUGCCCGUGGUGCAGGCGGCGCAGGGCGGGCAGCUCUUCGAUUAUAUCCAGUCAGUCUCCAGCUACCUGGCGCCACCGGUGUCUGCCGUCUUCGUGUUGGCGCUCUUCGUGCCCCGCGUCAACGAGAAGGGCGCCUUCUGGGGACUGAUCGGGGGCCUGCUGAUGGGUCUGGCACGCCUGGUUCCCGAGUUCUCCUUUGGCUCCGGCAGCUGCGUGCGCCCCUCCGCGUGCCCCGCGCUCCUCUGCCGCGUCCACUACCUCUAUUUCGCCAUCCUGCUCUUCGUCUGCUCCGGCCUCCUCACCCUCGUGGUCUCGCUGUGCACACCGCCCAUCCCGCGCAAGCACCUCCACCGCCUGGUUUUCAGUCUCCGGCACAGCAAGGAGGAGAGGGAGGACCUGGAUGCUGAGGAGCUAGAAGGUCCGACCGCAGCCCCCGUGCAGAACGGGCACCCUGAGCACGCAGUGGAGAUGGAGGCGCCCCCACCCCCAAGGCCAGGCCUCUUGCGGCAGUGCCUGCUCUGGUUCUGUGGUGUGAGCAGGGGUGGGGCGGGCAGCCCCCCACGCCCUACCCAGGAGGAGACAGAUGCCGCAGCCAGGAGGCUGGAGGACAUCAGUGAGGACCCACACUGGGCCCGCAUCGUCAACCUCAAUGCCCUGCUCAUGAUGGCCGUGGCCACGUUCCUCUGGGGCUUUUAUGCCUGAGGCCCACUGUGUCGGACAUCCUGAGCCACAGCCUUGAAAUGAGUCGGGGUGG